AUAUACUGAGUUGAAUAGAGGUAUGGUCAAUCGUGUGGGCGGUUUUAAGGGAGCUUGAUAGAUAAAACACAGACAAGUUGCACCUUUCCACUUCAUCCAACUCUAUUAAGACAAGAUGGGUGGCGGCAGCUCUAUACCAGAAGGUCCUGACCUGAGAAUUGUGAUGAUUGGGAAAACUGGUGUGGGGAAAAGUGCUGUUGGAAACACAAUUUUGGGCAAAAACAUAUUCAAAUCUCAUCCCAGCGCUAACUCUGUGACUGGGACUUGUGAAAAGCAUCAACUUCGAGAGAGUGAAAGAUGGAUUCAUGUGGUGGAUACACCAGGGAUUUUUGAUACAGCCAAAAAAGCUGCAGUUAUCAAAAACGAGAUAGUGAAGUGUAUUCAGGUUUCAAGCCCUGGUCCUCAUGUCUUCUUGCUGGUGAUCCAGGUGGGCAGACUCACCAAAGAGGAGCAGAAUUCGAUUGAGGCCCUGGAGGAAAUCUUUGGACCAGAGGCCUCCAAUCACAUGAUUGUACUGUUUACUCGUGGGGAUGAACUUCAGGGUCAAACAAUACAAAAGUAUGUAAGCACCGGUCAUCCAAAGCUUCAAGAAGUGAUUCAACGAUGUGGCAACAGAUUCCAUGUUUUCAACAACAGAGAUGGGAAUAGAAGUCAAGUUGUUGAGCUGAUCAAAAAGAUUGAUGACAUGGUGGCAGGAAAUGGAGGAAAGCACUUCACUGAGAAAAUGUAUCAGGAGGCAGAGAGAAUGAUUAAACAGCAAAAUAUGACAAGGGAAUUGGCAGAACUCCAAAUAUACGAUUUCACAUUCCUUGCUGAAUUACUGCAGAGAGUCAUUGAAUUUAAAAAAAUACUUGAUUUAGAAGAUGACUAAUAAGUAAGCAUAGCUGUGGCUAUUUCCUCUCCACGAGGAACACAAUCUGUGACUACUGCCACUUAUGUGAAUUAUGAUAUCUUAACCAUUUAGCUUAUUGUCGUAUAAUAUAGUACUUGAGUAGGACAUCUCUCCUUCUCUAAUCAACAUUUUUCUUUAUUAUUUGAGAUGAACAUUAAUUAAAAUGCUAUAUAUAAAAAUUCAGAAUGUAGUGAAUACAAUAUGAAGAGAAAGGUGAAAAUGAACUGUUGUAUGACAUGCUGAUUGAGCUCUAAGCUUACGGGAGCACUCAAAUGAAGUCAUGGUGGUAUGAAAAUCAAGCAUAAUCUAACUAAAAAAGAUAUGUAUUUCUGUAAAGAGAUUGUUUGUUUAAUGUUUCACCUAAUCAGAUACACUGUCAUGAACAUGCCAUAUUGGUUAAUAAUAAGGCGUGCAAUGCUAUACUGAACAAAAAUAUGAACGUAACAUGCAACAAUUUCAACGUUUUUACUCAGUUACAGUUCAUAUAAGGAAAUCAGUCAAUUGAAAUAAAUUAAUUAGGCCCUAAUCUAUGGAUUUUACAUAACUGGGCAGGGGCACAGCACUGCACUUACACAAAUUACUGAUGAUUGGUUGAAAGAAAUUGAUAGUAAGAAGAUUGUGGGAGCUGUACGGUUAGUUUUCAGAGCAGCCUUUGAUAUUAUUGACCAUAACCUGAUGUUAAGAACUUAUGUUUUAUGGCUAUGCAACCUCUGCCAUAUCGUCAAUUCAGAGCUAUCUAUCUAAUAUAACUCAGACUCUUUAACGGAAGCCUCUCUAAUGUCAAACAUGCAGGAUGUGGUGUACCGCAGGGCAUCUUUCUAGGCCCUCUACUCUUUUCUGUUUUUACCAAUAAACUGCCACUGGCAUUAACACAAAGCCUGUGUGUCCAUGUAUGCUAAUGAUUCAACCAUAUACUUGUCAGCAACCACAGCUAAUGAAGUCACUGAAACCCUUAACAAGGAGUUGCAGUCAAUUUUGGAAUGGUUGGCCAGUAAUAAACUGGUCUCUGAAUCUAAGAGCAUUAUAUUUGGUACAAAUCCUUCCCUAAGUUUUAGACUUCACCUCAGCUGAAUCUGGUAAUGAAUGGUGUGGCUGUUGAACAAGUUGAGGAGACUAAAUUACUUAUUGUUACCUUAGAUGGUAAACUGUCAUCGUUAAAACAUAUAGAUUCAUUGGUUGGGGAGAGGUCUGUCCAUAGUAAAGAUAUUUUGUUUUGACACCACACUCCAAAAAGCAAGUACAGGAUUUAGUUUUGUCUUAUCUUGAUUAUUGUCCAGCCAUGUGGUCAAGUGCUGCAAAGAAAGACCCAGUUAAGCUGCAGUUGUCCCAGAACAGAACAUCUUGCUCUUCAUUGUAAUCUGAGGGAUAAUAUAAAUACUAUGGAUGCCAGUCUCUCUUUGCUAAGAGUUGAUGAGAGUGACUGCAUCAAGAAACAUGAAUGUGUUAAAUUCAAAAUUGUUUGCAUGGUCAACUUAUACACAGCUCUGACACACACACCCCACCAGACAUGCCACCAGGGGUGUUUUCACAGUCCCCAAAUCCAGAACAAAUUCAAGAAAGCGUAGAGUAUUAUAUAGAACCAUCAUUACAUGGAACUCGCUUCCAUCUCAUAUUUCUCAAAUGAACAGCAAACCUGGUUUAAAGAAACGGAUAAAGCAACAUCUCACGCCACAAUGCCUCUCCCCUAUUUGACCUAGAUAUUUUGUGUGUAUGUGUUGAUAUGUAGGCCAUGUGUGCUGUUUUUAUAUUUAUGCAGUUCUGUCCUUGAGCUCUUCUUGUUUAUUGAUGUUCUGUAUUAUGUCAUGUUUUGCGGGGACCCCAAGAAGAGUAGCUCCUGCUUUCGACAACAGCUAAUGGGGAUCCUAAUAAAAUAC